AUUAUAGAAUCCAGGGAAGAAGUGUUGGGAAGGAGAGGCGCCGAACAGAAAGAGAGGUUCCUCUCGCCGCUGUGGAAGGUUUCUUUUCCCUGUUCUCAUCAUCCUUAACCAUCAAAAGCAGCUUUCCACAGCUUCCCCGCACAAGUUCCACCAUUCACCAUGGCUCGCUCUUUCUCUAACCUCAACGCUCUCUCUCUUCUCCUCGUCAACGCCAUCUCCAGGCGUGGGUACGCAUCGUCGUCGCAGGGAUUCGCCACAACGGCCACGAGGGCCGGGGCUGCCUCCGUGAGCGGCAAGGUGGCCAAGAAAUCAGGGGAGGAGCGGGUGACCGCCGAAAAGGAGUCGUGGGUGCCGGACCCUGUCACCGGUUACUACAGACCGGAGAAUUCCAAGGAGAUCGACGUUGCCGAGCUGCGCGCUACGCUUCUGGGCAGGAAAUGAAGUGGAACCGCUCCAAUGAAACUCUAGGGUCUAGAUCAAUGGAUUGACCCUUUCAUCUCGUCUAUCUAGCCUGGAACGGAACCAAAUGCGGUUCUUAAUCGGUGUCACUCCGAGCGGGCUUUGGUGGUUAUGUGGCUACUCAACUCCUUCGGGGACGUAGAUCUGGAAUCUAUUUGUCAUAGGGUUCGUAUGGCGAGUUCCUCUGUUCUCUUUGAGAACAGAGAACGAGACCAUGUCGUCUAAUAGUUUUGUCUUUUUCUUUUCCCCCUCCGUAUUUCAAUUUUAAUUCAAUGUAUUUUUCGUUUUUGAAAUAAAUAGAUUUUCAUUCUGUAUAA